AACAAAAGGCAAGAAAAGAAGGACAUCACGCUCGGAGGCUCCAGAGAAUUAUUCCUUCACACACCCGUAACCAUGGACACCACGUUUUGAAAAAAAACAGUAUCACUCCCCUACAGUCAGCUCCUACGGAUACCAUUCCAUCAUCUUCGUCAAACACAAUCACCCCAUUAACCAUUCAGAGACACCACCACAACAAGGGCACAAAAUCAAAAAGACGAGCUCGGAGAGAAGAAGCAAAAAAAGGCAAGAGGAGCUCCAAAGAGCUCGUCUUUGCUGCCAUCACGUUGAUUCUCAUCGCAGGGGCGUUGCUCGGGAGAAUGAACUUCUACGCUUGGAUGUUAUUCGUUCCACUUUGGGUCACCUUUUCUUACACCAUCUGCGCCUUCAGUAUAUGGAGCACCGAUGGAUGGUUGUUCAAAAUGGGCCUCAUUGAUUACUCCGGUGGCUUUGUUAUUCACCUUUCUUCUGGAAUUGCUGGUUUCAUCGCAGCAUCUUGGGUAGGGCCAAGGACAGUGAAGGAUAGAGAAAGGUUUCCUCCAAACAACAUACUUCUGAUGCUGGCUGGGGCUGGACUACUAUGGAUGGGGUGGACCGGAUUCAACGGUGGAGAUCCAUACGCAGCCAGCAUAGAUGCAUCUCUGGCCGUUCUUAACACCCAUGUCUGCACGGCCAUGAGUUUGUUGACUUGGCUUUUCCUUGAUAUCCUCUUCUUUGGAAAACCUUCAGUGAUUGGUGCCACUCAAGGCAUGAUCACUGGUUUGGUUUGCAUCACCCCUGCUGCUGGUGUGGUGCAAGGUUGGGCAGCAAUGAUAAUGGGAAUUAUGUCAGGAAGCAUCCCGUGGUACACAAUGAUGGUCCUCCACAAAGAGAUUAGGGUCCUAAAACAGGUGGAUGAUACCAUGGCAGUUUUCCACACUCAUGCAGUGGCUGGUUGCUUAGGUGGUAUUUUGGCUGGUUUGUUUGCUGACCCUGACCUUUGCCGUCUCUUCUAUGGGGUAGAGGAUUCGGUGCACUAUACGGGCCUUGUUUAUGGCAUAUUCAGAGGAAGGCCUAAGGCAGGGUUCAGGCAAAUGGGGGUUCAGCUUCUUGGCAUUCUGUUUGUAAUACUUCUGAAUGUCACUACAACCAGUAUUGUGUGCUUUGUUGUUAAGACCAUUGUUCCACUUAGGCUGCAGGAAGAUGAGUUGGAAGUUGGAGAUGAUGCAGUCCAUGGUGAGGUUGCAUAUGCAUUGUGGGGUGAUGGAGAGAGGCUUGAGACUGCCACUCAGCAGUUGAGUUUUGAGAUUAAUCAUCAAUGGCCAACUCUUGAUUUAAAAACUUCCAUUGAUGCACAAAUGGAGUGAUUCUCCUUGUUUCAGAGGGAAAUGUUUAAAAUAAGGAUAUUGAUAUUUUCACACUAUUUUUAAUAACUUUUUCAACUGUCA